AUGCCAAAGAAAGCCAGACAAACAUUAGAGCAGAAACGAGAGUGCGAUCGAUUACAAAAACAAAGAAAGUAUGCAGAAAUUAAGGAAGAUCCUAAAAAGGUGCCUAAAGAAAAUAUUCUUCAGACAAAGGUUCACUACCAACAUAAUAAAGAAAUAGGCAUUUUGAAACAUGAAAUAGAAAAAACGAAGAAACAGAAAGAUGGCAUUAGAAAAAUGUUGUAUAGAAUAAAGAAAAAUAAGAAGAAAAAUGAAAAUAUAUCGACUGAAAAAAAAGUAGAACAACUAGUAGAAAAUGUUAAUACACAAAAGCGUGAAGAAAUUAAAGAGCGACUAAUGUUUGGUGAAAUACUUUCAAGAAGUGUUCGAGAAGGCUACAAGUGCUUGAGGAAAAAGGAUAAGAAAGAAUUCUCUAAUGUGGUUAUGACGGAAAAAGAAAAGUUUAAAAAAUAUAAACUCUUGACACAAACAAAAAUAUUUACAGUAAGAGAUAAAAAAGAAAUAAGACAGCUAAAAAUGAAAACUUGA